AUGGAAGAUGGGGGCCGCCGGGAACUGGGAUUGUCUCAGCUCCUUACAGACAUUAAGAAGCAUUAUGAAAAGAUCAUACACAGGAAUUGGAUGGAAUUAGACGCUUGUAUCAACACUCAGCUACUGGAAGUCAGUGAUGCAGAGAUGAAUAAGAACGAAGAUUCUCUGCAGGCAGCCCAGGCAGAGCUAAAUAAUGCCCGACGCCAGUGGCAAAGCCUCCAGGUGGAAAUUGAAUCUCUUCAUGCAUUGCAGAAGGGUUUGGAGAAUUCCCUGCAGGUGACUGAGCAGAGGUACGAGGUGCAACUGAAGAAUCUGGCAUCCGUGAUUCGAGAGCUGGAGGGCGAGUUACACGGUGUUAGGAGAGACAUUGAACACCAGGUUUGGGAGCAUGAACUGUUGCUCAACACAAAGAUGAAAUUGGAGAGUGAGAUCGCAACGUAUCGUAGCCUUCUGGACAGAGAGGAUGACAGACUCUCUGGAGCAACCUCUAGUGGCUAUCAGUCAUCCCUCAGCAGUUUAAGUCAGAAAGAAAUGGCCCUCCCUUCAGCUGCUACCAUCUCUAGCCGCCUGGAGCAGAGAAUCCAGAUGGUGACAACUCAGGAGAUUCUAGGUGAAAAUUCAGUGGCUGGGAGUUCAAAGGCUCAUGGCAAAAUUCAGACGGAGAAAGUGGACGAGGUUAUCAAGGAAUGGGAAUGCUCCUUUUUCAAGGAUAAUCCACACCUUCGGAAGAAAUCUACAUCACUCCGGUUUGACCUACACCUGGCAGCAACAGAUGAAAGCUGUUCACAGACCAAGCAAGGCAGCCUUCCUGACAUUGAACUCAGGCUGGUAAUGAGAAAGUCAAGCAGCAUUCCAUCUCUGAAAUCAUAA